UGUAGAGACAAUGGUAUGUAAGCAAUAUAGAAGAGAUAAAAAAAGAUGUUUUGUAGAGAGUCGUCCUCGAGUCUUCUGCCCUUGAACAUAGCAAAGAGUCUCAGUCCUCUGUUCCCUAAACCACCAGCACUCAUCAACCCCAUCUCCCCAGGACGUCGGGACAAGCUGCCUCGUCCGAACCUCAGAGGACGAUGUAAGGUCACUGCCUCACGGUUUAAUAUUGAAAAGAUAGGUGAUAUAAUGAAAAAGUCCGUUAAGAAAAUCAAAGUAAAGGGAUUUAUAACGGCCAAAGAAUCGUUGCUGGAUGGCGUAACUUUGCCGAGACUUGACGAUCAUUUAGCUGAUCUCGGUGGCAGAUCACUUCUUGUCGAGCUUAUUAGCACCGAGAUGGACCCGCUGACAGGGAUGGAGAAGGAUCCGGUAAAAGACUACGCACAACGUGUAUGGUCCGAAGUCCCUCAUGAGAAGUACGAGUGCGUGUUUGAGGUGCCUGAAGACUUUGGAACCGUGGGGGCUAUCAGAGUUCAAAACCGAUACCAUAAAGAGAUAUUCCUCAAGGAGAUGGAGCUUGAGUUACCGAACGGGUCCGUUACGUUUACAUGUGACUCAUGGAUCGCCCCGAAGUCCGUUGACCCAGCCAUGCGGAUAUUCUUCUCCAACAAGUCCUACUUGCCUUCCCAAACCCCGGAGCCUCUUAAACAGUUUCGGAAGGAGGAGCUAGAGACCUUACAAGGCAAGAAUCGCGAGCAAGAUGGUGAAUUUGCCAUGCAUGAGCGUGUUUAUGACUAUGACAUGUACAACGAUUUGGGAAACCCUGAAACUGAUCCUCGUCCGGUAAUUGGAGGCCCCUCACAUCCAUAUCCAAGGCGUUGCAAAACUGGUCGCGAACCUUGUGAUUCUGACCCUUCCUCAGAGCAACGCUACGGGCUUAAUUUCUAUGUCCCGAGAGACGAGGAGUUCUCUUCAGCUAAGGGCACUUCAUUCACAGCCAAGGCCAUCUUGGCUGCGCUUCCCUCCGUGAUCCCACAAAUAGAGUCUAUUCUGAUGGAUCCCCAUUUGCCUUUUCCACACUUCAAGGCCAUUGAAAAUCUCUUUGAAGAAGGCAUCGAUCUUCCUAAAGAUGCUGGCCUUUUACCUUUGCUCCCGAGACUCGUCAGAGCUGGUGUUGAAGCUAGCGAUGAUAUUCUCCAGUUUGAAGCCCCAGUUCUCAUUAACAAUGAUAGGUUUUCAUGGUUACGAGACGAUGAGUUUGCUCGCCAGACACUUGCAGGCCUUAAUCCCUAUAGCAUUCAGCUAGUUCAAGAGUGGCCGUUGAAAAGCAAACUAGACCCAGCUAUUUAUGGUGAUCCCACCUCACUCAUUACUUGGGAAAUUGUGGAAAGAGAAGUUAAAGGAAACAUGUCAGUUGAUGAGGCUCUAAAGAAUAAGAGAUUGUUUGUGCUUGAUUAUCACGAUUUGCUUCUACCAUAUGUGAACAAAGUGAGAGAGUUGGAUAAUACCACCUUAUAUGCUUCUCGAACACUAUUCUUCCUCAGUGAUGACAGCACAUUGAGGCCUGUUGCCAUUGAGUUGACAUGUCCCCCAAAUAUCAACAAGCCUCAAUGGAAGGAAGUCUUCACUCCAGGCUAUGAUGCUACCUCAUGCUGGCUAUGGAGUCUUGCCAAGACUCAUGUUAUUUCUCAUGACGCUGGUUAUCAUCAGCUUAUUUCCCAUUGGUUGAGGACUCACUGUUGUAUGGAGCCGUACAUAAUAGCUGCAAACAGACAGCUAAGUGCCAUGCAUCCCAUCUACAGGCUUUUGCAUCCUCACUUCCGCUACACCAUGGAGAUCAACGCUCGUGCACGCCAAAGUCUUAUCAAUGCAGGUGGAAUCAUUGAGACUUGUUUUUGGCCCGGGAAGUAUUCAAUAGAGCUAAGUUCAGACGUCUAUGAUAAACUAUGGAGGUUUGACAUGGAAGGCUUACCUGCCGAUCUCAUCAGAAGGGGGCUGGCUGAGGAAGAUGAGACCGCAAAACAUGGACUACGCCUGACGAUACCAGACUACCCAUUUGCGAAUGACGGUCUAAUAUUGUGGGAUGCAAUUAAGGAAUGGGUGACAGACUAUGUGAAACACUAUUAUCCCGAUGCAGAACUGAUCAAGUUGGACGAGGAACUCCAAGGAUGGUGGAGUGAAGUGCGGAACGUAGGGCACGGUGACAAGAAAGACGAACCUUGGUGGCCUGUCCUCGAAACACAAGAUGACUUGAUUGGUGUGUUAACAACGAUUGCGUGGGUCGCCUCAGGUCACCAUGCAGCUGUGAACUUUGGACAGUAUGGAUAUGGAGGAUACUUUCCCAACCGACCAACCACAACAAGGAUAAGAAUGCCAGUGGAAGAACCGACAGAUGAAGAGCUAAAAGAGUUCUAUGAGACUCCAGAAAAAGUGAUGCUUAAUACAUACCCAUCUCAGAAACAAGCGACGUUAGUGAUGGUCACAUUGGAUCUUUUAUCAACUCAUUCACCUGAUGAAGAGUACAUCGGAGAAUACCCAGAAGCAUCUUGGGCCAACGAACCUAUCAUCUAUGCUGCUUAUGAACGUCUCAAAGGCAGACUCCAAUAUCUAGAAGGAGCGAUAGAUGAGAGAAACGUGACUCUUUCUCUAAAGAAUAGAGCGGGAGCUGGUGUAGUUAAGUAUGAGCUUUUGAAGCCCACCUCUAAGCAUGGUGUUACCGGAAUGGGGGUUCCCUACAGUAUUUCUAUUUAAUCUAUGCAUUUUCUUUCUCUCAAUUGCCUUCCUUUUCUACCAAUGUGGUCAAGAAUAAAUUGUCUUUCUAGAUAAAUAAAUUGUCUUUCUAGAAUAAACCAAUGCGUUUUCACU